CGGCGGGUCCGCGGGGGCCUGCAGGGAGGGGCCGCCCCGCCGGAAGUGGGGGGGCGCUUCUGCGCAGCCCGGAAGGCCGCGGGGCCCGCUCGCGGUGGCAGCGGGCUGUGGCGGGCGGAGCGCGGCUGGCGGCGGCGCCGCCAUGAGCCGCCUGCGGGAGGAGGACGAUCCCUACGUGGUGGAGGAGCCCAGCGACGAGGAGCGCGCCCUGAGCAGCUCAGAAGAUGAGGUGGAUGUGCUGUUGCAUGGCACUCCUGAUCAGAAGCGGAAACUGAUACGGGAGUGCCUCACUGGAGAAAGUGAAUCUUCCAGUGAAGAUGAGUUCCAGAAGGAGAUGGAAGCAGAACUAAACACCACCAUGAGAACUAUAGAAGGCAAAUGGAAGUCUCUAGAAAUAGCUACUUCCUCAGGUACUGGACAGCCUGGUCCUGCCACCACUUCAAAAUACUAUGAUGACAUUUACUUUGAUUCUGAUUCAGAGGAUGAAGAUAAAACAGUUACACAGGAUGCCCGGAAAAAAAGAAAACAUCAGCAGCGUCGGAUUCUUUCCAAUGAUGAACUAUUAUAUGACCCAGAAGAAGACAGUCGAGAUCAAGAGUGGGUAGACUCACAAAGGAGAGGGUACCGUAAUCAAAGACGAGUGCAGCAACAGCAGCAAAGACCUCUAGCUGUUCCAAAUAGCGAUGCUGUUUUGAAUUGCCCUGCUUGCAUGACAACAUUGUGCCUGGACUGUCAGAGACAUGAAUCUUACAAAACACAAUAUAGAGCUAUGUUUGUGAUGAACUGCUCUGUUAACAAAGAGGAAAUUCUGAAAUACAGAAAGAAGCUAAAGAAAAGAAAUAAGAAAAUGAGGCACAGCAAAGAAAAUACCUCUAUACAAUCAGAUGAAGAAGAGGAGGAAAUAUAUCAUCCAGUAAUGUGUACUGAAUGUUCAACUGAAGUGGCAGUGAUGGAUAAAGAUGAAGUUUUUCACUUCUUCAAUGUUCUAGCCAGUCACUGUUAAUGUGCAAAAACACAGCAGAAAAAAUCCUAUACUAUUUAAGAUUUUGUGAAGUGUCAUAAAUGCAGACAUGUGAUCCUUUUUUAACUAAUGCCCUUUUAAAUACAUCUUUUCAUCAGAGAAGUUUGUAAUUGUUGUCAAGUUUUUGAAACAUUUUAUGAAAGGAAUCCAGUUAACUGCUUGCAUGUGGGAGAAGAAUUCCUUCAGAGCUUCAGGUGGUUAUAUCAUUGAAGAUUUAAAUUUUUGUAAAUAGAACAUAAUAUCUGUGUAUUAUGAUAAUUGCUUGUGUAUAUAGUAUACAUUAUCUCUGUAUGUAUUGGAACAGCUGCUUAGAAUAAAUACUGUAUAAACUGGUCCUUCAUAUCUGCAUUGGUCAUUUGUAUGGCAAUGAGGAACUUGGUUAGCAGUUCUCAGGCAGGAUGUUGGGCUUCUUUCAGGCUGGCAUUCUUGGUUAUUUGCAUGAAGGUAGGUAUGAUAAAGAAGAAAUUGUUGUGUUUGGAUUUUUGGCCCAUUAAGAUGUCAAAAGAGGACAUUUUUAUACAAAAUGGAAGAUUUGGUUAUAUCUAGUUUGCUUCUGGCAUGGAUCAUUUAAAUCAAUGUAUUAACACUUAGGAUUGCAAUCCAUAAUUAAGAGUUUGUAAUGUAAAUAUGAAUUUAAAUAAAAUAACUGAUGUUUUUUGUUACCUGUUAUCCUUAUGGUGACUCAGGGACACAUUUUAAGAAAUUCAUGGUCAGUUCUAUGUCUAUAGAACUAGUCUGUGUAUUUUUUCUGUUUAAUACAUUUACAGCUUCUUUAUGGAAGCAUAAGUACCUUCAAUUAUUGUAGUAUCAACUUAGACUUCUUGCCUAGUCAGGCUAUGAAGCCACUGUAAUGUUAAUAUCGGAUCCUUCCCUCUGUUCCUCAAGGUAUGCUCCCAAGAGGGAGCAAAAACUUGUUUUUGAUUAGUAAGUAACAUCUUUGUAUCCUAGUGUUUUUUAAAACUUUACUUUGAACAAGGGUCUGUCCGGAAAAAAAUUCUCAUCUUUACGCUUUUUUCUUUCAACAAUACUAUAAAUAAUUUGGUAUAGAUGCUUUGAGGAGUUGUCAGAAAUGUUUGAACUUAAGGAACCUGAGGAAGAUACUCUUUUGUGUGCUUCAGAUUAUAAUAAAAUCUCACUCUUUGAUUA